AUGGGGCUGCAGGCGAAGCCUGUGGUUUCAAACUUAUGCACUUUUCGGCCCGGAACUGGUGCUGGCGGGACUGGCUUUGCCCACGCCCUGCGACUAGACUACACAGGCAGGUUGGGUACGUUCCUUGAAGAUGAGAUUCUGGCACGAUCCUGCGCGCUAAGUCCCCGAGCACUGGCAAACUUGACUGGCUUGCUUUAUGGGUCUGGAGCACACGCCAAGAGCCGCGCCGCACUGCAGUUGCGCAGUGUGGCCUUGUCAAAACUGUGCAAGUUCUCGGCAGCGGAACUUGUAGAUUUGGCUUCCGGGCUCACAAACGCUGGGCUGAUGGACAGAGACCUUUUGCACAGGUUGCGGACAGCAUGCGAUGCUCUUUUCGAAGGGGACAGGCGCGAGGUGGAGUACAGAGCAGCCAUGGAGAAGAACACAAGGAAGCUCUCGGCAGAACUCGGCCGCGAGAAGUCAGCCACCUGGCCGAUGGCGCCCGAGAUUCUGAUGGACUUUGCCAGCACCCUUGUGCUUUCCAAGCCUCCUGGGUGGUCUUGUGCUACACGACGAGGGACGAAGAAAGACCCAGACGGUGAAGGAAGGUCACGCCAUGGAGAGCCUCCGCUCAUAUCUGAGUACCUUCAGAGCCUUGACAAGGAGAGGGCGGUAUCACAGGAUUCUUCAGUGGACCAUGGUUUGACACAUAGACUGGACCUUGAGACCAGUGGUGCUCUGCUCACUGCCAAAACAUUCCAGAGCUACUGGCGGCUCCGCCUCGACUUCUCCACACAGAGCGUCAAGCGCCGGUACUUGGCUUUGGUUCAUGGUGCUCUGCCACUCGGGGAGUGGCAGCAUGUCAACUUGCCCUUGCAGCUGACCCGUGUUCCACACGGAGAUUCUGGACGGUCCGUUCGCUCCAAGUCAGUGGUCAGCCAUGACUUUGGAAGGCGAGGGCGGGCGAAAUGA